CAGGACUGACCACAGGACUGACCAUUGGGAUGACCCCGAGAGUGACCACAGGGAUGGACACGAGGGUGACCCCAAUGCUGACCACUGGAGUGACCACAGGAGUGACCAUUGGAGUGACCAUAGGGAUGACCCCGAGAGUGACCAUGACAGUGACCACGGGGAUGGACAUGAGGGUGACCACAGGACUGACCACAGGACUGACCACAGGACUGACCACUCAAAUGACCCCGGAAUGAUCCCUGGACUGACCACUUGAGUGACCACUUGAAUGUCCGCAGGAAUGACCCCGCGAGUGACCCCGGCGCUGACCCCGGCGCUGACCCCGACGCUGACCCCGGGGAUGACCCCGGCCAGGUGGUGGGCGUGGCCGAGCUCGUCGUCCACGAGCGCUUCCGGGGCGUCCGGGGGGGUCACGACCUGGCCUUGGUGCGGCUGCGGCCGCCGGCGCGCGCUUCGGGCCGCGCGUGGGCCCCGUGUGCCUGCCCCUCCCCCCCCUGCGGCCGCCCUUCGGCCGCACCUGCUGGGUCACGGGCUGGGGGCACGUGGCCGAGAACGUGUCUCUGCCCGCGGGGUCGCCGCUGCAGGAGGCGCCGCUGCCGCUGCUCUCGCCCCGCACCUGCAAUUGCCUCCACGCGCGGCUGCGGCGCCGCGAGCUCGCCCGGCCCGCGCGGCCCGGCAUGCUUUGCGCGGGGGGCGCCGCGGGGGGGCGCGGGGCCUGCCAGGCUGACUCCGGGGGCGCCGUGACCUGCGGGGGGUUCCCGGGGGGCCGCUGGGUGCAGUUCGGGGUGCUGAGCUUCGCGCUGGGCUGCGCGC